AUGACAGUUGGCGUAGACGAUGUCAAUGAAAAACUUAAUGGUAUCGUGAAUUUAUUGCAAAUCGUUGGAAUUGAUGGAGUUGAUCCAAACGCCUUGGUCGAAGAACAAAAACGACUAGCUUCAGGCAAAAAGGAUGGGUCCUCUGCUGGAACUGGAACAACUGCGCAAUCCUCAGAUUCUCAGAUUAUGGAAAUUAUUAAAAAACUGCAGCAAGCACAAGCUGAUUCGCCUGAGAUCUUACAAGCUUUGCAGAGCCCUGAACUUUUGGCGUUGGCAAGUCUAGCAGCUCAGUCCAAAGCACCAGCGCCAGCACCUGCCCCUUCGUUGCACGAUGUAAUGGAGGACGAAGAUGAUAACUAUCCAAAGAUCGGGCCUGGCUACUCAGAUGAAAUUUCAGUUGUUAGUGAAAUGUCGACUCCAACUGUCAUGACAAAGCAAAAUGUCAACGAUGAAGAAUACUACAGCGAAGUGGGCGGUGGGGCCCCGCCCAUGUCGAUAGGAGGGAGACCACCAACAUCGAUAGGUGGUGGUGGUGGAGGUCGCGGGAAAUCUCGAAACUUGCUUGCUACUGUCAGUGCCACUGCGAAUCGUGGUGCUCUCGCCAAAGGUGGAGGAGCUGCUGCACAACGCCGUGCAAACUACCAAACCACGAUGGCAAAACUGCAAGAACCAGAGAAAGACGACAAAAAAGGAAAGUCGCAGAAAGGCAAGGUCAAGAAGACCUCGGACAAGAAAAAGAAGAAAAAGGACCAUGAUGAUAAAAGCAAGUCGAGCAAAGGCUCAAAAGGUGAUGGAAUCGACUGGGGAAACAGCGGCGACGACUCAGGCUGGCCCUCAUUUGAGCAAUUUGACACAACAUUUGGUGAAGAUCCAUUUGGAACAAGUGCAGCGAAGGUAGAAAAGGUUGUGGAUGAUGACGGAUUCUUCACAACCGACGUUUUUGCGAAUGUCGAUCCAUUUUCACAGCAGGUCUCUGCGCCAAACGCCAGCAGUAAUAGUAGCCAGGCUAGUUCAAGUAAGAAAGAUGGCAAAAAGAAGAAGCCAAAAAAGCCGAAAGAUGAUGGCCAAGGAACUAGAAACAGAACAGAGAAACCAAAGGAGAAGACAAAGAACCGAAGAAGGCGAGCGUCUAUGGGCAUGUAG